AUGCGCUUUGUACCUCUGAUCCUCGCCGCAGCCGCAUCUGCCGUCGCACUCGUCGACGCCAAGACGCCCCCUUCGUCUCUGCAGAUUGGCAUCAAGCACCGCCCCACAGAAUGCCCUGUCAAGUCGGCUCAUGGCGACAAGUUGAGCAUGCACUACACUGGCAAGCUCUGGGAAGGCGAGAAGUUCGACUCCAGUCUGGACAGGGGUACACCCUUCGAAUUCACACUUGGUGUCGGACAGGUGAUAGCCGGCUGGGACAAGGGUCUCCAGGAGAUGUGCGAAGGAGAGAAGCGGAAGUUGCAGAUUCCGCCUCAGGACGGAUACGGAGACCGUGGAGCAGGCAGCUCCAUCCCAGGAGGGGCUACUCUGGUGUUUGACGUGGAGCUUCUCCAGAUUUCCGGGCCGCGAGCCGCUGCCGCCCGUGCU